UAGUACAGCAAUUCAACGCAAUAUGUAUCGAGAAUUUAAUCUCAGCGCCUGGUACCUAGGAAUCACCUCAAAACCACAUUCUCCUGGAAUGCCCUAUUUCAUCACACACAACGUGCAAGUUAUGAUUCGAGUCAACGAAGGCGGUAAUGCUCAUUUCAAAUGCCGAGUUUCUGAUCUGGGGGACUAUCCUGUUGUCUGGUAUAAGAACAACAAAGGAAUAAGAAGUCUCAUCGCCUUCGGCCCAUCGAUCGUGGACCAAUCGCGACACUAUAUCAAAGAUGGCGACUUUUUCAAUUCGACCUUUGACCUUCGACUGAGAAAAGUGAGAAGGUCGGACGAGGACAUCUACGCAUGCUCCAUUCAGACAACUCCGCCCACAGAGCUGAAUUUUACUCUACUUGUGUCAUAUCCGGCAUCGGUUAGAAGAAUCCUCCCUAGCGAGGCGCCCUACUGGAGUCCCGCCGAACCGAACCGGGUCUACUUUAACGAAUCUUCGAACGGGACACUCACAUGCCUCGUCGAUGGAUCGCCGGCCCCCAUUGUGACCUGGUGGAAAAGGGAUAGGCCUAGCCGGAUGACCAAGGCCAAUCACCUGAUUAUUGCGGCCAGUGAUAACAUUACCCUGUUGAAUAUAUCCCGGGAGCAGAGUGGACAGUACGUUUGCGACGCUGAGAAUGGAGUCUCGGGUCGAGACCCCCCUGACAGCAGGGUCAUCGAUGUCGUGGUUCAGUAUGCUCCCGAAGUACAGACCCUUUCUCCAGACAUUCGCGUCGGGGAGGGGAAGUAUCUUCUACUCCAGUGUAACGUCAAAGCAGUACCGAAAGCCAGAUUCUACUGGAUGAAAGAUAAUAAAAAUCUUACCCUUACAUCGCAGAGUUCAGAUAACAGACUCGUCAUAAUAUCAUUGGAUCCGAGACGGGAUUAUGGAAACUACACGUGCGUGGCAUACAAUCGACUGGGGUCAUCAAAUACCACUAUUCAAGUCAGUGGACGCCCUCUGGCCCCUCAGGUUACCAGUAGUUUCCAUGGCACUCGCCGUCACAUCUACACAUUACGAUGGACACCUGGAGCUAAUCUUCAAGAGGCACUUCAGGACACCAUAGAGAUCGAGGCAUAUGAUAUUUACUACAGAAAGACAUGGAUAGAGGACGUAAAUGGACGAAGCAGCGUACGAUUCUAUCCAGAGCAGCCCUUAGCAGACACCGUGUAUCCUCGUCCCGACGCCUGGUCGGUCCAACAAACUUUCAUUCUUCGUGACCUCUCAGACGACAGCACCUACGAAGGGCAGAUAUGUCCAAGGAACAUGUACGGCACUGGGGACUGUGCUGACUUCAAAUUCAGGACAAGACUCGAGGAUAUUGUUACCACUCUCCCACCCGAAGCUAGGCAAACGAUGCAAGAUACAGGUGGCAACUCUGGACUAUGGACGGCCAAAUCUGAUCAGUGGAGAUCGAGCGCACAUGUGAUAGCGCCUUCAUUGUUCGUAGCUCUCAGCGCUUCCUUUACUUCGUCGCAUUUGUGUUCUCAUUAGAAAAAAAUCAAACUUUAAAGAAGAAGUUAAGAUGUUAUAGCGCCUCUUUAGCUUGACUAUUUUAUGAAAUUUAGCCUAUUAGUUUCGGUAUCAGAAAACGAAGAAAAUAAUGGA